CGGUGGGCGUGCCGCGUCGUCGUGUGGGCGGAGCCAAGGCGGCGCAGCGACGGAGCUCGCGGCGGGAGCGGGCAGCGGAGGCGGGAAGCCGCACGGCGACAAGGAGCGAACCCAACGGGGGAGCGGCAGCCCCACCAUGGCCGAGACGAAGCAGGAGGCACAUGAGGAGCAUGACUCAGCAACUGACAAUGCUGAUGACUCUAACCACGACCCGCAGUUUGAGCCCAUCGUUUCUCUUCCUGAGCAAGAGAUCAAAACUCUGGAGGAAGACGAGGAGGAGGUUUUCAAAAUGCGAGCAAAACUUUUCCGAUUUGCAUCAGAAAGUGACCUUCCAGAAUGGAAAGAACGUGGAACUGGGGAUGUAAAACUCCUGAAGCACAAAGAUAAGGGGACCAUCCGCCUUUUAAUGAGGAGAGAUAAGACUCUUAAAAUCUGUGCAAACCAUUAUACAGAAACAGACAAAAACGAUAGCGCUGAUAAAAUUGCUGAGAAAUUAGAAGACCUUUCUGUAAAGGACGAGUGCAAAGAAUCGGAGAAGAAAGAAGGCAAGGAAAAGACUGAAGAAAAGCAAUAAAUCAUUUUGGGCCUUGUGUUUUUCCUUUUUUUUUCUUAAAUUUUUUUCUUAAUUUUUACAAGGGACUUUAUAAAGAACUGUAUUCUAAUGUUUUUUUUUCUAAGCUUUUGCCCUUUUGGAAGAAUUCUCCAGAAAAAAAAAAAGAUCCAUUCCCCAGUCAUGAAAAUGUACUGUGCUUAAAACUCACUUUUCCAUAGUGGAAAUACUUAUUUAUAGUCAUCCAGGAGAGUGAACAAAUAAAGUUUUGGAAACGGUAUGAAAAAGAAGAGGGUUUUCUAUAUACACUUCAUGUGUGGCUGCCCUUGUUACCUUGGGUUAUAUGUUUGGGUGCCUAUUUUAAGUGAGGUAUAGUGUAACUGAAUUCUACCGAUUGGGGAAAAAAAGAGAGAGUAACAAAGAUGUUUCUGAUGCAUUGUGGCUGAAUGUUGUAAUGACUGAAAGGAGAAAUUUUAUGCUAAGGUUCCUUUUCUUGUAAUUGAGGUUUGAGUGACCUUAAGUGUUCUUGUGCAGAUUUAUUAGAAUGUCCCUUUGAAUCUAAUGUCAUCCCACAAUGGCCUAUGAUGUAUUUCAAAAUAUUACGGUUUCUUUUAGUCGGCGAUCCAGAAAGGCAGAAAUAAUAUCUUUUUAAUUAUUAUCAAAAGUGGGAGAUGUCCAGCGAAUGCGGUUUUUUUUUUUUUUUUUAUAAAGCUGUUUCAAAGGCCUUUUUUUUUCUCCUGCAGAGCAAAAUCCUUUUCUGUGUAAAAGGGCCAGAGGUCCAGUUCCUUCUAUAUAAUAAUUUUCAGUAUAAACUCCAUGUAGGUAUGAAGACAAGUAAUAACAUUUUUUGUUGCUUUUGCUGUCUCGAUUGUAGCAUUUUCAUAGUGUGUUCUGGGGGGAAACGGGGGUGGGUGGGAUUCACCUUUUUUAAAAGAUAACUUUUGGUUGUGAGAAAAAAUAAUAAUCCACCUUUCUUACUUAAUGCCACCCGGGGAAAAGCACUGAUGUCUGCAUUUGCAUCUGUUAGUCCACAUGAUUCCCUCAUUUUAACAAUAAACUUUUGGGUAACAAAACGUUUCAUUGUGGGCUCCCUCCUCAUUGUCACUGGUAGUUGAAAGAAGUUAAGAUUCACAGCCCAGGGACACCCUUAAAUCUUCGCCAGAGAGACCAAAAAUGUUCUGUAUGAUGAGCUUCUGCAUCCAUAACCAUGGGGUACGCUCACCCAACCAAGUAUGCUGUCGCUUUCCAUCCUCCUGGCAAAAAUGGAUUAUAAUUGGUCUUUGAAAAUUGGGGAGGGGGGAUUUUUUUUAAAUAUAACUCAGGCUUUCUCAGUGUGUAUAUAUUCUGCAAGCUGUAUUCCCUCCUUGAUCCAUUUCUCUUGAUUGUAGAAAUCUUCCCCAAAAGUAACACAGGUUGUCUGUCCUGCAUAUAAGUUUGAGAGCGCCUGGUCUUAAGUUUCUUUCAAAGAUUCAAGUUCUCCAUGUCGGCUUGUUCCAGUGUUCCUCAGCCGUGGCACCUUGAAGAUGAGUGGACUUUAACUCCCAGAAUUCCCCAGCCAGCCUAGGAAAUUCUGGGAGUUGAAGUCCACACAUCUUCAACGUUGCCAUGAUUGACAAACGCUUGCAUCUCAAGUGUGGCUGUAAAACAUUCCUUUUCUCUUGCUUGAAACAAUAUGCCCAGUCGUCUUGUUACUACUUUAAUUAAAAGCUUUUGUUCAAUUAACAGCAGAACUGUUUGAACUCAUCCAUGAUCUUUUUCUGGAAUUUUUAAGUAUUCCCUUGAUAUUCUGUCUCCCUCCCCACAAUCAUCAUUACAUUUUUUAAUGGAUGCAUUCGUUUCUUCCUGUAGUAUUGUAUUUUUUGCGUUAUUAUACUUGGACUAAGGCAUGACUGCAGGUUGGGAGAUGCAGAAAUACCUCAACCAGUCCCAAGGACCUGUCAGUAUACCCAACAGUAAGGUAAAAAGGGCAUUGAACACUUAUUUUCAGAUUGAAAUCACUAUAAAUGGUUUUAUCAAAAAAAAAAGGCACUGUUCACCCAGCUAACUUUGAAAUAAAUUUAAUCUUCAUC